GAAGCUGUGCUGGGUGCCCUGGAGGAACAAGGCCAUUUCUUCUAACAUCUCCCAGAGCGAGGCGGCCUGCAACCAGGAGACCAUGGCAGACAAGCUAAAGGACACAGGCACGCUUGGCUUCCUGGAGGCAGCUGUGAAGAUCAGCCACACCUCGCCGGAUAUCCCAGCCGAGGUCCAGAUGUCCAUGAAAGACCAUAUCAUGCGGCAUGCACGGCUACAGAGGCAGACGACAGAGCCGGCAUCGUCCACCAGGCACAUUUCCUUCAAGAGGCACCUGCCUCGGCAGAUGCACGUGUCCAGCAUGGACUAUGGCACAGACCUGCCCCUUGAGGCCGAGCAGCCAACCAGCAUCGGCAGGAUUAAACCAGAGCUUUAUAAGCAAAAGUCUGUGGACUCCGAGGACCCGGAGAAGGAGGCGGCAAAAACCUGUGGGAAAAUAAACUUCACCCUCAAAUAUGACUAUGAGAACGAGACGCUGAUUGUGCGGAUCCUCAAGGCCUUUGACCUGCCGGCCAAGGAUUUCUGCGGCAGCUCAGACCCCUAUGUGAAGAUCUACCUCCUGCCGGACAGGAAGCGCAAGUUCCAGACGCGAGUCCACAGGAAGACUCUGAACCCCACCUUCGAUGAGUCCUUUCACUUCCCUGUGCCCUAUGAGGAGCUGACUAGCAGGAAACUCCACCUGAGUGUCUUCGACUUCGACAGGUUCUCCAGGCAUGACAUGAUAGGGGAGGUUAUCUUGGAGAACCUGUUUGAGGCCUCGGACAUUUCCCGGGAAACCUCCAUCUGGAAGGACAUUCAGUACGCGACAACUGAAAGCGUGGACCUGGGAGAGAUCAUGUUUUCCCUUUGUUAUUUGCCAACUGCAGGUCGCCUCACCUUAACAGUCAUUAAAUGCAGGAAUCUUAAAGCUAUGGAUAUUACUGGCUACUCAGAUCCGUAUGUCAAGGUGUCUCUGCUCUGUGAUGGGCGGAGGCUGAAAAAGAAGAAAACCACCAUUAAGAAAAACACUCUUAAUCCUACCUACAAUGAGGCGAUAAUCUUCGACAUUCCCCCAGAGAACAUGGAUCAAGUUAGCCUUCUUAUCUCGGUCAUGGAUUAUGAUAGAGUUGGUCAUAAUGAGAUCAUUGGAGGCUGCCGUGUGGGGAUCAAUGCCGAGGGACUGGGCCGAGACCACUGGAACGAGAUGUUGGCAUACCCUCGCAAACCGAUCGCACACUGGCACCCAUUAGUGGAGGUGAAGAAAUCCUUCAAAGAGUGGCAAGGCCGAGCAGCAAGCUUCGACAGCCAAGGCUCGUGUCCAUCUCCUAAGCCACCUCCCACACCAUGAGCCACCGAAGCAGUGGACUAGAAUGGGACUAAACAAAGUUCUUUUGCACUUGUCCUACACAGUCUGAACAACUUGUUGCUGAGUGGCACCAGCGAGGCGCUCCAGGCCUAGUUGUUCCAAUGUAGGUAAAGGCAGAAGAAACGCUCUGUGGUCAAAUUUGUCUUGGUUUGUUAUGUCUCCCAAGGUGAUGAUGUUUGUGGCUUUCAUUUUAUGGGUCUGCUGCCAGAGGAAGAAGAUGGAACGAAACAUGAGCUGGAAGGUUGGUCUGUAAAAUAACCUGUAAAAUGCUGGACCAGUAGCAGAGACCUUCUCAGCCUCUAUGAACACCGAUGACAUGCCCCAGGGAAGAGGCAUGGGGAGAAGCAAGCGGCUGCAUUUUCUGCCUCUGAUUGGAACUGUAUAAAUAGAAGCCUUGAUUAGACUUCGUGUGACCAGCUCUUUAUUAUUGUGAUCAAUCUGAAUUCAGCCACAUGUUUACAGGUUUCUUAUUCAUGUAGAAAUGUUCAUGAGCCUUUCAAAGUUUGUGCUGUGUGUACCCCAAACUUCCUUCUGUGGCGUAUUAAAGAUUUGUUGAUUCCUCAGGGAAAACGAUCCAUUUUCUGUAUCUGUAUUCUCCCUAGGGCCAUUUGCAUGAACAGUUACUUAAGAUCUUGUCUGCGCCUGUUGCUCAUUCCUCUGUGACAUCACUUGUCUGAUGUGGAGUGAAGAGGACUGUAUUGACACAAGCAGGGUUCUCAUGUGAGGUGGGAAAUGGGUUAUAGGAGCAGGUGAAAGUCUUGCAUGAACACUGGAUCUUUAUUUUAUAAAUAGUCCUAGUAGUACAGCGUGAGAGAAUACAGGGGAGCACAAAACAUAUAAACAAGUGGGUUUAAAAAAAAUAUUUU